UUUUUUCAACGCAACGCAAAGCGCGCCAGUCGACGGUUGUCUGGCAUCCGUGGCUGCCGCGCGCUCUGAAAUAAAAAAAAUAACUGUCAAACUAUUUCAUUUUUAAAUUCGUAUUUUGGACUUUGGGGUAAAACUAGAACAAGAUGAAGGUCCUCCUAUGUGUCACAGUUGCCGUGCUGGUGUGCGGAGCGCUCGCCAAGAACAAGAAAAGCGAAGAUAAUAAUAAAGUGAAAAUAGCGCUGUACUACGAAAGCUUGUGCCCCGACAGCAAAAGGUUCAUCACGGAGCAGCUGGCCCCCGUGUGGCGGGAUUUCAAAGGCUCCGUCAAGGUCAAACUCGUGCCUUAUGGCAAGAGCACGCACGACAAGGUGAACGGCAAAUGGCAGUUCAACUGCCACCACGGCCCUGAUGAGUGUUACGGCAAUAAGGUCCAAUCUUGCAUCCUGAAGGACAAAGUGCUGGCUGACACGGAGAAGAUGGACCUGGUUAUCUGCCUCAUGGGACAGGCCAGCCCCGACAAGUCCCUCGACACGUGCCUAGAGAAAAUCAACAAGUUAUCAGAGUCAACCAAGCUGAAGCAGUGCGCGAGCGGCACCCAAGGAGACAACCUGCUCGCUGGUUACGGAGACAAGACUGAUGGCGUACAGCGCCCUCUGGCGUUCGUGCCUACCAUCGUGGUUAAUGAGAAAUUCAGCCAAGAAAACCAGGAUGCUGCUUUCACCAACCUGAAGUCCGUGAUCUGCCGCGUGGCCACGGGCACCAAACCCUCCGCCUGCUAACACUUCAUACAUAUUUCAUACAGUAUACAUACUUCAUACAUACAAAGAUUUCAAAAGUAAAGAUAGGCCCGUUCAUAUAAUUUCGACCGAACAUUCUCGUUUGGUGUUCCUCGGUAGAAUGCUACAACGCGAUUGGUUGAUGAGUUCGCAUCACGCGCGCGAUUUGUCGCAAAUAGUUGCGUUGGACUGCACGAUUGGCUCGCAUUCGUGUACAGCGGAGUGAGUGACACCAUUCUUGGUGCCCGUAAGGCCCGUCUUCUUCACACUUCAUUCAUCAUUAGUGCACUUUGCACUGUAUACAAAUAUUUUCAUUCAUGUUUACGUUUUGUUUACAUACGUAUAUAUAAACUUUAAACGACGUAAAUAAUGAGUAUAGUUUGUCAAAGGACUGUCUCAUUUCAAACAUAGACAGAGAGAAUCAUACUAUCUUUGCCUUACACUAGUACUAGCACACAAGAGAAGAAAUAAGUAUAGUUUUUUUUGUUCUUAUUUACUCACUAUUUGGUUUGACCAAUAGGUACGGAUCAAAGUACACUUUAUUACAUACUGUAAACUAACUCGCAUUCCAUAAACAUUUUUAGUUAAAUUUUAAACGGAAAUUAAUUGUCAGCGUUUUUUUUUUUCUUAAAAUAGGUAUAACAAUGUUAUUUUCAAACUAUCAAAGAAUACCUUCUAUAAUUAAUAUUAUAUACAUAAUUUCUAUCGCAGAGAAAAACCACUGUAAAACCAUAUGAAUAUUUCUUAUAUAAAGUUAUGAAUCUUUGAAAAUUGUAGUUUUGAUGACUGAAGUACCUACAGUAAGUAUUAAUUUAUAAAAUCAAAGCUUCCAAUUGUUUUAAAAUAAGUUUAGAUUGUAAGAAUACUUUUGUAAAAUUUUAUGUGUAAAAAUAAAAUAUGAAUAAGA